AUAAUGGGCAAUAUUGGAAGGGUGUCGCUCCCACUAGCUUCUGACGUGCUCGACGAACUCGUCAAAAGUGCUCUGCACAUCGACGAACCGCAGUUCUUGUCUUCGAUCCUUACCGAGAUUGAAGGCGUCGGCGAAGCAUGGCCUUCUGCACUUCGACCUCACAUCGAAUUUUUACGUUCGAUUGCUCAAAACGGCAACAAGCGAGUGAUUGACAGGAUUUUGGCUUUGAAUGCAAAAUUUUCCAGCAACUCAACUCGUCCAUCCGUAAACGGUGACGUGACAGUGAUUUCAAUAGCAAAUGGAGAGCGGAAUUCUAGCGAUUCGUUGCUCUCGAAGACUUUUGUGCAAGUCAACAGCUCAGAGGUUAUCUCGAGUGGUCCUCGAACGGUGUUUCCAGUGUGUGAAAGUCCGACAGACUGCUCAGCCCUCGAGUUGGAUCGCAACACACACUCACUUGCGAUGCAGUACCAAAACCGUAGCAGCGGAUCGCUGCCACGAAGGGCAGGUCAUGCUAGUGCUUCUCAUUCCUUACAAGGAAAAGACAUUGCGAUAAGACUGAUUAAGCCGGAACGAAAUUCAGGUGGGGAAGGCCAUAUGCAGUGUAUUGUUCUCACACUGCAACUUUAUGGUGUAAUUAAUAAAUAUGAGGCAAAUAUGAGUUUGGUGUUAGAUGACAUUCAGCUUGAAAUGGUCGGUAAUGGUUCCAGAAUGCGCUCGACGAGCGAGAACGCGGGUUCGCGGGACCUGUCUCAGCUGUCGGUGGCCGUCGUGUGUGGCCAGACGCAGCCCCGAACACACACGUUGCCGGCCGGCUUCGCCCCGCACACACAAGUCCAGAUCGGUAGAGACGGUCGGGUUCGUCCGAUGGGUGGUAAUCGCCGGGCCGCCAACUGGGCGUCCGCGUACGAGACCACGUUCCCGGCAAAUUCUGGGCCUGUGACCACCACAAAAAUGCACCCUCUAGCUGAGGAAGAGGAGCGACAGUGGCUGAAAUCCGUAGACCGUUCGGACGUCGUUCUUCAAUUCGUCGAUCAUCGUCGAAACAAACUCCGACGAUAUGUCUCGGACGUUGCUUCGCGAUUCCCAAUUCCUAUACAGUGCACGGUCGAAGGCUCUAAAAUUCACAAUGCGUAUUGUGCCUUUCACGAUGACUAUAUGUUCGCAUUUAAGACGAAAUUUGCCGCCAUCUGGUUGCACUUGAUGUUUCUACAGAUGCAGUCAACGUCGAUUGAAAACGAAUGCGGUGUGGUUUCACAGUCAGCUGCUCCAUUCGUUACUUUAGCCCGAUGUUGGCAGUGCCUUCCGGCUCGGAUCACUAAAGACAGGGCAUUUGUGACACUCGUCACCAGUGCGUUUCCCACAGUUCAGGAACAAGACAAGUUAUACAAGGAACUCGAAGAAGCAUCAUUCUUCGACUGUUUCUCACUGGACGGACCAUCGAAUCGAUGGAGCUGUUUCAGUUGUUCUCAUCCGGAUCGUGUAAAGUCGUUUGUUGAGGAGGGAGGCUCACAACGAGUUCUAGAAGGUCAACUAAAGGAGAAGAAAGGACGAUGGCGAUUUCUACGACGAUGGCACACGAAAUACUUCACACUUUCGAGUGCCGCUCUUACUUACAGUUCGGAGGAGGCGAGCGAGUCCAGCGCAGUAGUGCCGGCGAUUGACCUGAGGUCGAUCCGUUCUGUGCGUUCCUUGAGUCGCGGUCGAAAAAGCAGGAAGUCGCUUCGGCGUGCUUUCGAGAUCUUCACAUCGGACAAUACGUCGGUUGUUCUUAAGUUACAAGCUAUGUAG